AAAGGUUUUUUGAAGACCAUGAAAAUGUUGUUGAAGUGUUAUCAGACUGGACUCGAGACACUGAGAAUAAGAUUCUGUUUUUGGAAAAAAGUGAAAAAUAUGCUUUAUUUAAAAAUCCCCAGAAUUUCUACCUGGCAAACAAAGGGAAGAAUGAAAGCAAAGAAAUGAAUGAUAAAAACAAAGAGGCUUUACUGGAGGAAAGCUUCUGCGGGACAUCUGUCAUUGUGCCAGAGCUUGAAGGGGCCCUUUAUUUAAAAGAAGAUGGGAAAAAGUCCUGGAAGAGGCGUUAUUUUCUUUUACGAGCUUCUGGAAUUUAUUAUGUACCCAAAGGAAAAACCAAGACAUCACGGGAUCUGGCAUGCUUCAUUCAGUUUGAGAAUAUGAACGUUUAUUACGGUUCUCAACACAAAGUGAAAUAUAAGGCACCUACAGAUCACUGCUUUGUCUUAAAGCACCCCCAGAUUCAAAAGGAGUCACAAUAUAUCAAGUACUUAUGCUGCGAUGAUCAAGCAACCCUGCAUCAGUGGGUAACAGGAAUAAGAAUUGCCAAGUAUGGCAAGACGCUAUAUGAUAAUUACAAAUGUGCAGUGAAGAAAGCUGGCUUGUCCUCUCGCUGGGCAAAUCAAGGGACAGUGGAACCAGCUGCCCCUGCCGGAUCCUUACCAGCAGGUGCUGUUCAGUCAAAUGGACAGAUUCCCCAAAUUGUUCGUCGUUCCAGUGCAGAAUUUCCAGAGAGUCAGAAGAAAGUGGAUACAUCAGAGGCUAAGUCAGACAAUAUCAGUGCGCCUGGCCUGGCACAGUCAGUGAUGAGGUCACAGAGAUACCAGAGUAAGAGGAACUCACUGCAGCCUCCUCCUCCACCUGAAAGGCGGUCAUCUGCUAUUUCUGUUUCACCAAUUGUACCCUCCAAAGUCAAACGAGACAGCGGCAUUUUCCUAACAGAUCCAGACAGCUUUCCAGCACCACCACCUGCACUGAAGAUUGAUUUUCCAACACCACCGUCUGAUUUCUGCGAGCCUCCUCCUGAUUUUGUGCCUCCACCACCACCAGCCUCCAGCAGCGGUAAUGGAGACCUGCCAUUACCCCCUCCACCUCUGCCUGUUGCCAGUAAGCCACCACCUCUGACAAAGAAACCUGUGCCACUUCCUUCAACAAGGCUAGAAAACACAGGACAAGCUGGAGAGCCACGGUCAGCUGGGCCACCUCCCAUUGGGGGUGGAGGCAGGCAAGCAGAUUUCAUGUCCGACCUGAUGAAAGCUCUUGAGAAGAAAAGGGGCAGCAGCUCCUGAACUCUGGGAGCAGGUGGACUUCAAGCCAUAGCUGGUUUUGUGAGGCAUCAUGGAAGGUUGUGCUGGAUCAGGCUCCUCCAGGAGGAAUUCUC